AUGUUCCCUCAGCGCAUCGUCGGUCGCCUGUCUCAGCGUGCUUCGCAGCAGAUGCGUCCCGGCUCAGUCCGGUCAACUGUUCAGCGCCGUUUCAACAGCGCCGAGGCUAAGCCUUCUUGGAUCGCUGACAACGAGUUUAACCGCGAGAGAGCUGCCGUCAAGCACCAUGCUGCUUCUACCAGUGACCUCUGGCGCAAAUUGUCCAUCUUUGCUGUCAUUCCCUGCCUGAUUGGUGGUGGCCUCAACGCCUACAACCUCUGGUCUGAGCACUGGGAGCACUGGGAGCACAUGCCCCCUCUUGAGGAGCGCACCGAGUACCCAUACCAAAACAUUCGCGUCAAGAACUUCCCUUGGGGUGACGGUGACAAGGCAAGUUUUUCCAAACACAUUUAA